AUGCUAGAUUUGGCGGGUUUGUGGUCUGAUCUGUGCUCUAAAACUUGCUUACCUCCAUCGGGAAUCACCUCGGGUUCUCUAGCUCCAUGGAUCCUGUGGAGCAUUUGGAAGGAACGCAACAAGUUUGUGUUUGAAGGGAGCUCUGCCUCAGCGGAGGAAACCUUAACUAAAGCAAUACGACUAGCCAGAGAAUGGAGUUUAAACAAGCAGCAGAAGGAACCUGUUAAAAAGAUUAUCCGAGUUCCUACUCCCUCCCCUCCCUUGGGUGCGAGUACAAUAAGGUCUGACGCUGCUUGGAAUAUGAGAGGAACAAAUGCUGGUUUGGGCUUGUUCUUGUUGUCACCUGCAGGUACGAGAUCUUCUAGUUUGAGUGCAGUUUUUGUGAGCUCGACUCUAAUGGCGGAAGGGCUCGCUCUCCUCGAGGCGGUGAAAAUGGCGAAGGAAGAAGGAUUGAGUUCAGUUUGCUUUGAGUCUGAUUCUCUGCAACUAGUGAAGGAAGUCCGAUCGGGGAGUUUCUCUCCGGAUCUCUAUGGAAUGUUUCUGAUAUCCUCUCUCUUGUUGAUGAUUUGGAAUUCGUUUCUUUUGCCUGGAUCCCUCGCGAUCAAAAUGUUCAGGCUGACAUUAUGGCAAAGCAUGCUUUAG